AUGCAGCUCACAUCUGCCACUCUCCUCGUGGCCGGCCUGGCCGCCCAGCAGGCUUCUGCUCAUUUCCCAUGGGCUAUUGAUGCCGGCAAGUUCAGCACUUGCAGCAACGCUGACACCCAGUGUUCAGCAGAGCAACACCAAGGCUACGACUGGGCUGGCCUUACCAUUGGCCACCCUGUUACUAGCUUCGGUGCUAACACCUUCUCUGGUGGCUGGACUUGCAACAGCAUCAAGUCGAAGCGUGAUGAACUGACCAAGCGCACUUUCAACAGCAAGUGUGUCUCUGGUAAGCUCCCUGCUUGGGGUUCUUUCGGCUCUUCAUCCAACCACGGCGCUGGUAGCCUUUCCAUUGGAUGCAGCGGCGAAAAGAACAAGUUCUCCAUCUCUGAGAUGCACAUCUCCUCCACCUACGACACUCACGUUGACUGCCACUACAACAUGCCUGAUGGCUCUAUUUGCAAGCAGAACGUUCCUUGCAGCGCUGGUGGUUCCAUUAUCAAGAACACUCAGUGUGGUGGUGCCAUCUCUGUCUCUUUCGCUCACGGCAAGCCCAGCUCUGGUAGCACUAGCUCUAACAAGGGUGACUGCAACCUCAACAUCCACUCCGUCGGCUUUGCUUGCGGCUCUGGCUCGUCUUCUACCAGUGUCUCUCUCCCCUCGUCGGUCUUCACUCCAUCUUCUUCAGCUGUCUACUCUUCUUCCGAGUUCCUGUCUUUCAGCACCGCCUCACCUGAGACCACAUCAUCUGAGAUGGGCUCUGUUGUCCCCGAGACCAUUUCAGUUGAGCUCCCUUCCACCACUCCAUCGUCCGUCGACUCUGUCAGCAGCACCGUCGCCGUCUCAAGCGGCAGCAUCGUGACUGCCACCCAGCCUACUGGUGAUAACAGCGCUCCCUCCACUCUCAGCAGCACCGAAGUUUCUCCCCAAUCGUCGGUCGUUCCUUCCGUUCCCGUUGGUACUGGUCUUUACCCCUCAGGAUCGGUCCCUGUCGGCACUGGUUACUUCCCUUCCUCAGCUGCUAGCUCUGUCAUUCCCGUUGGCACUGGAUCGAGCCCCUCAUCAAGCGCUGGUCUCUACGGCAACAGCACUGUUUCAUCUGCUUCGACCUCGUCCGCCGCCAGCCCUGCACCUUCUGCAGACUGCCCAGGAACUACUUACCUCCACAACACCAACUGCGCCAACAACGCCGAUGCAGACUGCUACUGCAAAGAUGAGGACUUCAUCAACAGCGUUUACCAGUGUAUCGAUGCUUACGGUGGUUCGGAUGAGAACGUUUCUCAGGCUAUGUCCUACAUGGUCGGUAUCUGUGCAAAGGCUAUCCCUUCCAACCCUGCCAUUGUCACCGCUGUCCCCUCGAGCAUUGAUAUUCAGCCUUCAUCGUCGACUGUCAACGCUGCCACCGGUUCAUUGACCUCUGCAGUACCUACCUCGGAUGUUCCUUCAGGAUCAGUUCCUGCCAGCUCCGCCACCGACUCAAUCGUUUAUGUCACCGACGUCGUUAAGAGCACUCUGACCACAUGCCCUGUCGGCCACACUAUCACCGCUUCUGGCAGCACCACAGUCUUGACUGCACCAUCGGUUAUCGCUACUGAGAUUACCACCAAGUCGACCAUCACUGCUUCGAUCAUCUCUUCAGUUACUGGCGCCCUUCCUUCGGGCGAAUCUGCUUACGAGACCUCGCCCGUUCAGACUUCGCCUUCAGGUGCUUCUCCUUCCGAGGCUUCACCUGCUGAGACUUCAUCUGCAUCUGUCCACGUCCAGGUUCCUCACACCGUAACUCUGUUCAGCACUCAGAUUGCCACCAUUACCUCGUGCGCCCCUGAAGUCACUGAUUGCCCAGCAUCUAAGAAGACAUCUUUGAUCUCAACUGGCGUCAGCACCAGCAACAUCUGGAUCCCUGUCACCUCUGCUCAAGAGACUUCUCCUGCCUCCUCUGCCCAGGAAACCUCGCCUGCUCAAGCCACUUCCGCAGCUGCUUCAUCAGGUGUUGUUUCUGGUGUCUCAUCUGGUGCUAUCUCAUCUGGUGUCGAGAUGUCUUCGGCCUCAAGCCCUGCUUCUUCUGGUGCUUACGAGACCUCGCCCGCUGAGACCACUCAGGCUCCCUCGGUCCCCAAGACUGUCACCCUCUUCAGCACCAAGGUCGAUACCAUCACCAGCUGCGCUCCUGACGUCACAAAUUGUCCGGCCAGAACUUCAACUUCUCUGAUUGCAACCGGUGUUACCACUGCUCCUCAGUCUUACGAGACCGGCGCUGUUCCCGCUUCUUCGGCACCUGCUGUUCCUGAGGUCCAGAGCACUGUUAUUGUCACUGAUGUCGUCAAGACCACCGUUACCACAUGUCCUGCCGGCGAAACUAUCACCGCCUCAGGCAGCGCCACUGUUUUGACUGCUCCUAGUGUUAUCACCUCUCAGAUCACCAUCAAGAGCACCAUCUCGACCACCGUUCUUGCUCAGACCCAGACCGUCGUCUCACCCGGAUCUUCUUCAGCUGAUGCUGUCAUGCCAUCAUCUGCUGCCAUGACUUCGGCACCCGCAGGUCCCAAGACUCUGACUAUCUACUCUUCAGUUGUGGCUACCAUCACCUCGUGUGCCCCUGACGUUACAAACUGCCCUGCAUCUUCCACAGUCGAGUCGACUUCAUUCUACGCCGUCGGUACCACUGUCUCAGAGAUGUCUAGCGUUCCCGCUGUGACUGGGCCUUCAGAGGCUGCCCCUGCAACCACUGCUCCAGCAGUUGUUACCAGCAGCGCUACCCAGCCUAUGACCACCAUCACCUACUCUUCUGAGCUCGUGGUUCCUGCCACUUACACCGCCGGUGAAUCUCAGGGUGCCACUAUCCCCAGCUCCAAGAUCACCUCGACCAUCCACAAGACCCUCACCGUUCCCCAGGUCCAGUUCAUCACUGAGACUGUUGGCGGCAAGCCCACUGUUGGUCUUACCUACCCUUCGGCCGUUCCUGCCACCACCACUCCUGAGGUCAUGCCUACAAGCCCCGUUGCAGGUGCUGCUACUCCCGCAGUCUCUGCACCUGCAGGCUCUGCUGCCAGCUCAGGCUUUGCUCCCAAGUCUUCUACUCUGGCUAGCACUUACAACAUUCCUGCUAUGCCUACCGGUAGCCCCAUAUCCUACACUGGAGCUGGUGCCAAGGUCGGUGGCUCGCUCGCUGGCCUCGGUCUCGCUGCCGUUGCUGCCAUUCUUGUUCUGUAA